AUGAUGUAUUACAAUAGUGUCUUUGUCACUCUUCUUAUUGUCAUAGCUAGUUUGGAUGGUAAACCAACAUCAUUACUUAAAAAUGAACCUGAACGUUGUUGUUUUCCAAAACAAUAUAGUUCAAAAAUUAUUAUAUCUGUUGGUUAUGCUUUGCCUGAUAGCGAAACAUAUAGUUCAUAUUCAUCUUAUAAUGUAACAUAUGAUGCAGAUCGUGGUAUGAUUGGAAUGAAAGGUUUAUCAAUAACAUUACCUGAUCAACAAAAGUCAAAUAUGUGGAUUAUCGAAAAUAUAAAGGAUGAAAUAAUGUAUACUAUUGAUCAAGAUUUAAAAACAUGUGUUCAAUCAAAACUGAUUUCUAGCACGGUUGUUUGUAUACCUGAUACUGCAGAAUAUUUUGGUUCAUCUAGAUAUGGAUAUGGUGAUAAGAAAAUUGUUGCUGAUACAUGGAUUAUCAAUAAUAAUAGAAAUCUUAAUUAUGUAACAGUUAGUCGUGAUGGCCUUUGUGUUCCAUUAACUGGAAACAUUUUUGCUCGAACACCAGCUGGAGUAAGUACAAUGACAACAACAGAUUUUGCACCAGAAAUCGAUGAUCCACGUGUAUUCGAUAUGCCAGAUGAAUGUAAAAAGCUGAAUUAA